AAAAUGUUUGUGAUUUGUACAAAGAAAAACACCAGAAAACUAAGAGGCAAUCCUAUUAUAAGAGCUUCAUUGUCGAGUCACAGUUGCAAUAAUUAACUAGGAAUUAAAAUCUUGAGGUAACAAUAUGGAGCACCACCUAUUUGUAAAAAAGCAAGAAAAAGAAAGGUUGAGGGCAUUGACAUGAUUAAGUCCUUUGACAAAAGUUUGAAGCAUGUUAGCAGCUAAAGAGAAAGGGUUAAAAGCUUUGUAGUAGAUGGGGGAUGAGAGAUGGAGGAGAAAUCAGAGAAGCAAGAUGAUAGCCACCCAUCUCUCUUCUUCUCGGAUCAUGCCACCAUCAAGGAAGAGAAUUCUCCAAGAAAAGCCAUUGGUGGUGGCAGUGAUAGGCUGAAGAGAGAUGAAUGGAGUGAAGGGGCUGUGUCAACCCUUCUUGAGGCCUAUGAGGCCAAAUGGGUGCUCAGAAACAGAGCCAAACUCAAGGGCCAUGACUGGGAAGAUGUUGCAAAACAUGUCUCAUCAAGAGCCAACUCCACCAAGUCACCAAAGACACAGACUCAGUGCAAGAACAAGAUUGAGUCCAUGAAAAAAAGGUACAGAUCAGAGUCUGCAACUACUGCUGAUGCAUCAUCUUGGCCUUUGUACUCUCGCCUUGAUCUUCUCCUGCGUGGCACAGGACCAAUAUCUUCACUCCCGCCAACACCAAAUCCAACACCAACACCAAUCAUAGCACCAUCAUUUCAACCACCACACGCCACCACCAAUAGUAACCAGGCUCUGGUGUUGUUGGAUCCUCCUUCACUGGCUGUGUCACAAGCUCCUCCUUCUGCUGCUCCUCCACCACCCACACAAAACUCUCACGGAUCCAAUGGUGUUGAAAGACUAGUCAAGGAAGAUGGGUUAGGAGGCAAGUCAUGUGAGCAUGUAUCUGAGAAGAAUGUGAUGGACUCGGAUAGUAGCACACCUGCUCUAUACAGUGAAAAGGAGAAGGUGAGAUGCAACAAGAGGAAGAUGAAAAGUGAGAAGAAGAAGAGGGUGAGAAGGAACAGUAACAGUAAUAACAAUAACCAAAACAGUGAAGACAUGGAGAUAGCAGAAAGCAUAAGGUGGCUAGCAGAAGUGGUAAUGAGGUCAGAACAAAGCAGAAUGGAGACAAUGAAAGAGAUUGAGAAGAUGAGGGUUGAAGCUGAGGCAAAGAGAGGGGAGAUGGAGCUGAAGAGAACUGAAAUCAUAGCCAACACUCAACUAGAGAUUGCUAGGAUCUUUGCAAGUGUCAAUAAAGGUGUUGAUUCUUCACUAAGAAUUGGAAGAAGUUCAUCAUGACA